AAGUCAACGAAAGGUUCUGUUGUCCUUGACCAUGUAUUCCGUCACAUAAACCUUGUGGAGAUAGACUAUUUUGGGCUGCGCUACUGUGACAGAAGCCAUCAGACGGCAGCAAAAUGAAGCCAAUCAGCUCUUUCAACAGUUUACCUGGAAAUCUCCUUAUCUGGAUCAUCCAGUUCAUUAGG